GUCUUCAAAUGAUGAAAAGUGGGGACAAGAAAUCACCUCGCUUCUGAAUACAACUUGUCAAAAGCCAAGAGUUGAAUUCAGUUAGGAAUGAAUAUCUAACGUUUUCGGACGCGAAUUCAUUUUUCCAUAUAAUCAAAACGGUCAUCAUCAUCGCAUUGACUCUUUCCCACCUCCUUCCUCCCUCCAACCCUUUCUUAAUUCACAAAAAUGAUAUCUCUUUGUAAUAAUGAAUAAUACAAUUGAAAUUUUCAUUUAUUUUUAAUAGAAAAUACUUUUCAAAAAAAAAAAAUUUAUUUUCAAAUAUGGAUUUAGAAAUUUUUUUUUUUUUUUUUUGAAAAAAUAAAAAAGAAAGAUGUUGAACGUAAAAAGAAUUGAAAGAAUAAAAAAUAUUUAUUAUAAAUUGUGAAAAUUAGAUUUCAAAAAAAAAAAAAAAGUGACGAGAAAGAAUAAAAAAAACACGGGGGGGAUAAAAUGAAGAAUUCGAAAGAUUUAAAUAAUACAAAUUGUGAAAAAAUACGCGAGGAAAAUGCAAAACUUCUUAAAAUUCCAACGACACCGACAAAAAUACCAAGAACACCAUCGCAAGAACUCGAUGAACUUUUUAAAGAUUUACCAUUAACAGAAGAAACAAGCUGUGGAAUUGGUUGUUUUCGUGGACCAUUUUUACAAAAAUUUGCUAAUAAAAAAGCAUACGUUUUUCUUUAUGGAGUAUUAGGAUGUAUAUUUGGCGCAAGUUAUGCAUAUUUUAAUGGUACAAUAACAACAAUAGAGAAAAGAUUUAAGAUACCAUCGAAAACAACGGGUAUCAUCACUGUGGGAAAUGAUAUUUCUCAACUUUUUGUAUCUGUGGUAUUGUCAUAUUAUGCAGGAAAAGGACACAGACCAAGAUGGAUUGCCAUAGGGAUUUAUACGGUGGUUUUAUUUUGUUGUUUAACAAUGCUUCCACAUUUUCUUUAUGGUCCAGGAAAAGAUGCAUUAAUGUUAACAAAAGAAUAUGGUAUUGCCGAACAAAAUAUAACAAAUGAAAGUCUAUUAAAAAUGAAGGAGGGAAAAUUUCUUUGUCAAAAUAAAGAGAGAAACGAUAGUUGUACAGAGGAAGAUGGAAAUUUUACACCACAAAUUAUACUUUUUUUAGCACAAGCAAUAUCGGGCGUUGGUGGUUCAUUAUAUUAUACAUUAGGCGUAUCAUAUAUGGAUGAUAAUAUACAAAAAUCAAAAACACCAGCACUUAUUAGCUUUUCUUAUUUUAUAAGAAUGUUGGGUCCUGCAAUUGGUUAUGGUUUAGCGUCAUUUUCACUUAAAUUUUAUAUUAGUCCAACAUUAACACCAACAAUUACAACACAAGAUCCAAGAUGGCUCGGUGCAUGGUGGUUGGGUUGGAUAAUUUUGGCAAUUUUACUUUUUCUUUUUGCAAGUAUUGUUGCCCUAUUUCCAAAAACAUUACCACGUGCAGCGGCUAGAAAAGUACUUGCUCAACAAAAAAUAAAAUUGGCUUCAAAUUUAAAAAAUAAUGAUGAUGAUGAUGAUGAUGAUAAUGAACAAGAAUUACCAUCAAUUAACGAUAUGAUACAAACAUUUAAACGUCUCUUAACAAAUAAUUCAUUUAUGUGUAAUAAUUUUGCGUCUGUAUUUUAUUUUAUGGGCUAUAUGCCAUAUUGGAUAUUUAUGCCAAAAUAUAUUGAAACACAAUAUAAACAAUCGGCAUCUGUAUCAUCGUUAAUAACAGGAACAGUUGGUCUUGUAUUUAGUGCAUUUGGAAUACUUUUAUCGGGUCUUAUGAUAUCGAAAUAUAAACCAAAAGCAAGAUAUUUAGCUGCAUGGAAUGUAAUGAUUGGAAUAAUAUCUGUUUUGGGAAUGAUAUCAUAUGCAUUUUUAGGAUGUUCAGCAAAUGAUAAUCAAGUUGCAUUACAAUCGAAUGGUUCAUUGAAAACAAUUCUUCCAUGCAAUGAAGAUUGUCAUUGUGAUUAUGUUACAUUUAAUCCUGUUUGCACACAAGCUGGACAGACAUUUAUUUCUGCUUGUCACGCUGGUUGUACAACUGUUGAGUUACAUGAGGAUGGAAGGAAAAUUUAUACAGAUUGCAGUUGUGCAAUGCCAAGACAAUCACGAAUCGAGUCAAAUAUUUUUCUAAACAACACAACAACAUUCACUCAAGAACCAUCUGAGAUUUGGAGUGAAUCUGAAAUUUUUGGUUCAGCUAUUCCCGGCUCCUGUCCAGUUGAUUGUCAGGAGAAGUUCUACAUUUUCCUCGCAGUUGUUUGUUUGUUGAAGUUUAGCGGCGCCACCGGAAGAGCGUCUAACUUUCUCGUUUCCGUGAGAUGUGUCGAGGAAAAGGACAAAACUGUGGCUAUGGGCUUUGGACUGAUGAUUAUGAGUCUCUUUGCAUUCAUACCGUCACCUAUUCUUUUCGGCUAUAUUUUAGAUAAAACUUGUCUCGUGUGGGGUAAAACGUGCAAUGGAACUGGAAACUGUUGGCUUUAUAAUGGAGAAGUUUUGAGAUAUUUAAUGAAUUUUACAGCUGCCGGUUUCGUAACAAUCGGUACAUUCUGUGAUGUAGGAGUUUGGUACUAUGUUAAAAAUGUAAAAAUAUUCGAUGAGGAGGCAAAAUUAGAUGACAUCAAUGAGGAUCCAGGAGAGCUUUAAAGUCUGAAUUAGUCGUGAAAAAAUUCAGCCAGCCAGCCAAAAAGACCUGCUUAAUCAAUUUUAAAAAUUACUUUUUCAAAAAAAAAAGACGAAAAUAAUACAAAAAAAACAAUUUAAAGUGCCUUAGGAACAAAUUAAUAUAAAUUAAUUAACAUUAUAUUUAUUAUAAUUUCUGUUUUUUUUUCAUCAAAAUUUACAUAUGGAAAUUAUUUUCAUCAUUGUGGAUUAGAAAAAAAAGGACUUGAUUGUUGAAAAUUAUGAAAUAAAAAAAAAAUUGCUUGCUUUAAACGUCGAAUUUUUAUUAUUAAUAAAUAUAUGUAGUUUUAUUAUAUAUUUUGAAAAAUGCCAAAUGGCUGAAGAAUUUAUUGUGAUUGUAUAAAUAAAAAUACAAAUUAUAA